AUGAAAAUUAUAUUGAAUUUUUCAAGUGGGUGCCAAUGGAGAGGUGUAGAAUGUGUUUAUGAUGCUCCACAGAAGAAAGGAAGAGUAUCUAAGAGAAAGGAAUUUGAAAUGAAAAAGAGUCAAUCGAGUGGAAAGAUUGUUUCAUCUCCUCCAUCGAGUGGAUCUUCACAUUCUACUCCAUCUGGUGCUAUUCCUUAUGAACCAGUUCAAAGACCUGUAUUGGAUCAAACUCAUUUAAAUUGGACAAGAUUAUUGGAUAUUUAUUAUUCGGAUUUGUUUGAUGAUUGUCACACGAUUGAGAGAAAUGAUUUGGAGAGAUUUCUCUUUUCCCAUGCCGAUGAAAAUCUGCCCAACAAGAGAGAAAUUAUUGCCAUGUCACUUUGUCUCAAAGCUCAAUUAGAACAAAGCUUGUGUUUUGCUGGAGCUGAAGAAACUGCUGUUCAAGCAAGAGAAGAGCUCAGCAAACUCUUUGAUGAAUCUAAUUUUUAUGUGGCGUGUGCGUAUGCACAUCUGGCAAGUUAUGAAAUUGGAUGUGGACGUUUUAGAAAUGCUCGAUUCUAUGUGAGAUGUUUGGAUUUUUAUUUCGAUGAAUUGCAGGAAGACGAAAAGUCAAUGACUAAAUAUCAAAAGAAUUUGAGGAAAUGCAAGCAAUUUUUAACAACUGAAUCGAGGAGUGAAACUUCUCUAAAAACAAUCCUUCACGAUUGGUAUGAUAUUUAUGAAAAGUAUUUGGGAAUUACUCUUCCAUUAGCUUGGAAAGAUUUAAUCAAUCAAGACCUUACCUAUGAUAAUUGCCUCGUUGUAAUUAACAUGAUUGAUGCAAUGAUUUCUGUUGGAAGAAUACACUUGAAAGACUCUGGAAAUAUCAAGAGAUUGAGAUUAUAUGAUGAGCUGGCUGAAUAUAUUUAUCAUGGAAUUCGUAUUAGGGUUCUCAGCGAACUCAAUCGUGGAAAGGAUAUGAUUGAGGAUUCAGCAAUGAAAAUUACAAUGAAAUCCGAGUCAGAUCACUUUAUCUUUUGUCCCUCAUUUAUUGUAACUCCAAUUGCAGUAGCAUGUAAGGUUCAUCUCCACAUUGCUAAAUCAAUUGAACUUGGUGAGAGGAAGAAUUGUGAUGCUGCUUCUCCUCUUGGACCAAUUGAUUACUUUCAAGUAUUGGCAAAGGAUUUGAGAGCCAUCAAAACAAUGGCCAAACGUUUCAAAAAGGUCAAUCUAGUGCAUGCAUCAAUGAUGAAAGAAAUGGAAGCCAUCAUUGAGAGAAAACAAUUUUAUAAUGCCCUAUCUGAGCUAAUCUCCAAAACCAACACUAACACUGAGACCAGUAGCAAUAAUCACGAUUUCACCGAGUUUGAAAACAUGACCACAACAAAGGACUUUUUCCAAUUCAUAACCAAUGGCAACAAUCAAAAUGGAGCCUCUGAAACCAACAUUAAUACAGAAGAGAGGAAGAAGGAAAGAUUGGAAUACGAACAUAAUGUGAAUAGCUUUUUGACAAACUUUAAUAAUGUUGCUCAUCCAAUAAUGGAAGGAACCAAUGCCGAUACAUUUGAAGGAUAUAUCAAUUAUGAGGAGAUUCAUCAAUUGUUCAACAUUAGAUAUGAUUCACCAAUUUCCUUCCUGCCCGACCAGUAA